AUUCAUCAAUUCUAAUUUUUAUGUUUAGUCAGUUAGUGCCAUCGGUUGCUAUGUAGAAUAUCGUGGUAAUGAAUUAUGAUGUGAAUGACCUGUUAGAAGCUACACCUCCCAGGAGAAGAUCUAGGAGCAAAACAAAAAAUGCAAAAUUUGGUGGUGCCGCUGCGAACGGGUCAGAUGCGUGGAAAGUUGACCCUAAAAACAAACAUCUCAUGUUUAGUUCAAAAGAUCAUCGAUAUAUAAAUAGCCCAAGGAGUUCAAUGCGAAAAAAGAAAACUGAGAUCCGCUCCCAUCAGCGAGAUGCAAAAAGAGGGGAUUCGAUUCCAACAGCCAGAGAUGGCGAUGAUAUUUUUGGUGACAAUGAUAUUGUUAUUGGAAGACGAGCUUCUGUCCAAUCAGAUAUGUUUAUGCUUGGAAGUGGUCGCCCACUUCGAUGUCUGUCAACUUCAUGUGUAUCUGAAAGGGAUUUUGUCAGCGAUAAUAUAAAAUCUAAUUCAAAAUCGAAAGGCAAAGGUCGUAAAAACCAAUCUAAAAUUAAAUUUCAGAAGCCUUCUCCAACAGAACAAAUGAGGCAUCGUUACAUGCAAAGAUUAAGACAGGUUGUCACAGCAGGGAAUAACAAACAGAACCAAUCGGAAACUGAUCGAAGCAAAGUUGAUCAUAAAACCUCACAAAUGUACAGAUUAAGACGAAAUGAGCUUAUCUGGCUUGAAUUGCAAGCGUGGUUCAAUGAUCACUCUCUCAUGGAGCAGGAUCAAAUAUUGUUUAAUGCGCGACAGUGUCUUGUAAUGGACGUUUUAUCAUUUGUGUCUGUGUUUCAAUUUGAUAGUAACUACAUCACUUAUCUCAGGGAACUGAAAGAAAAAAUAGAUUCUACUUUAGAGCAGAUACCUGAAGCGGCAUGUGAAGAAUGCGACAGCUACAUGUCAAGUAAUGUUUCUGACUUAGAGGUGUCUCAACAAUCUGAUAAAGAUAUAUCAGAUAUAGAAUCACCCAAAGCAUUACCGCAUGCCAAUCGUUUUUUUCAUGACACCAGUCUUGAAUAUGAUCUUGAGACCAAUAUCUUAUUUCCUACCAAAAAGUAUAUUCAACUACAAGAAGAUGCUCUUAGCAAAGUUGGAGAGGUGUUAAAACUUCUUUGUAUAAUUGAAAAUCUAUAUCCCUCUUCUUCUACAUUAUCAGCAGAAUACCCAUAUUACAGUAGUGAAGAAUUUCAGUCGAAAAUCGAAUCCCUCUGUUGUUGGUAUAAUACUACAUCAGAUUUGAAAGGAAAACUCUAUAUUUCCUUACACCUUUUUCAUUUCAAUUUAUCUGCCCUUUCUGAAAAUGAGGAGGAAACAAGCAGUGCAAGUAAUGAAAUACCUUCAUACCUUAGUGUGGACACAUUUAAAAGUAUCAUAAGUAAAUACACGAGCCGCAUUUUAAAAAGAAAGCCCGUUAAAUCGAUUCUGCAUACAUUUAUUCACAAGCAUUUCAGUGGACUUUUUCGUGCGAAGAUGAACUUACUUCCAAAACAAUGCUAUAUUUCCACCCCUCAGAUGUCUCGUAUAGAAUAUGAAAGUGAUUUUAUGGAUCACAAUGGUGAAUCUGAUUCAGUUCAGUUUUUAAUUGGUGGCGAGGAGGAAAGAGAAGUUUCAUUUGCGAAUGUAUGGACACACCUAAACUGUGUGUCAAAGUCAACUUGGAAGGAUCAAACUUCAAAACUUUCGAAUAUUCUGACAAAAAUUAACAAUGUGUUUUCUGAGUCUCACGGAAAUAUUUUUGAAGGAAAUCAAUUAGAUUUUGUUAUUGAUGAAGCGUCUGCUGUAUCUCCAUCCGAUUGCAACACUGCGCUAUUUAAUUUGCCAAGUAUUAAGCCCUUAUAUCUCUUUUUCCCUCGAGUUCUGUUUGCCAUUAUGAAACAAUGUAUGCAUUUGCGAAUGAAACAAGCCAUGCCAUUUUUUAACAACAGUGGCUCAUCUGUAUGUCUUUUAACUGCAAAGCAGCUUGUGGCCGAAUCUAAGGAAAUGCUUGAAUGUGGUUUGCUUGCUAGAGAUAUUUUGAAUUUUUUGAUUGGCGAUAUAUACAUAGAUAAGCAAGAUGAAGAUAAUACCUUAUCUAUGGCUGAUUAUGAAGCAGAUUUGCGCUGCAUGCUCACAACUUACCUGGAUUUUGUUAACGCAUGGUUGGUUAAAAUGUUGGGUGAUUUGCCGCAUGCUCCCCGAGGUUUUCAGGAGAUUUUGGAACAGGAAUGGGUCUUUGCUAACAAUAUAUCCCCACUAAUUGAUUUCGAUGGAAUUGUUAUGUGUGCGAGCAGGUUUAUUCGAAUAUCUGCAGACAUUGUUGACUCAACCCGAGAGUUUAUUGUUAGUGCGAUUAAUGCUCUAAUUGAGUCGCAAAUCGAUAUAGAAACUCCCUCACCUGCUGAACAACAUUCCUCCAAAGAUUUGAAAAAAGAAAGAAGAAUUUCAGAUUCUAUUAAGCAUACUUCAAAGGCUCAAGCUGGUGUUCUGUGGUUCCACAGGCAACGUUCUGAAAGUCCACAUUUAUCUCGUCAUAAUUCUGUUCAGUCAUCCGAAUCAGUGACACCAGUUAGUUCUCCAACAGAGUUCAAUAUGAACAGACAAAUAUCUACUACAUCUUCAUCAUCUAGUGCAAAUUCUCUUCCGUGGUUGUCUUACAAACAAAUAAGUCAUAAUGGUUACCAAAAACGUUACUUAUUUGAACUCUGUAGGGCUGUCCGAGAUUUGUUUAUCGAAACUCGAGAAAGAGCUACAAGAAUAUUAUCUUUUGGAAAACGAUUGCGUAAGGCCUUGGAGCCUGCGAUUGGGUUUGAUGUUAUAGAUCUCGAAAGUCGUGGAAAUAAUAAUCCUGAAAUGUAUUGCUCACAUUGCCAACUUCUGGAAUCUAUGUCUUCUGAAGGUUAUGUUUUGGUUGAUAUUUCUGAUACCCUACUUAAAAUGAACUGGAGGGAGAAUAAUUCAAAUGAAAAUGGCUUGUCCAAACCUACAGAUUAUGUAGAUUUACAGAAUUAUUGGAUAUUUAUUCCAGAUCCUAAAGAUCAGUUGGAAAUGCUGAAAGCUUCUUUAGAGUGUGCGGGCAUCCCUGAAUCGAUAACAGUGUGGGGUCUUGUUGAAAGAGCUCUCUUCAAUCAUCUGCUGGCUUCAUCUGAGCAAAAACAUGGAAGCGAUCAUGAAGGAGAAAAUUCUACUAAAAUGGAUUGUGUUAUAUUUGUGAAAAAAACAUCUGAAAAUGCAGGCCUGAGAAGACAGUCUGAAGUUACAUUCCCAAUGAAAAAGAGAGCACGUGGAAAAGGAAAAAUGCAACAGAAUCGGUUUGAAAGAAAGACACAAAAGACCAGGUCUGAAAGUAAUUUACGAACUCAAAUUGAAAUGAAUGGUGGGGAAACUUGCAUGAAUAGAUGCAUACAAGGCCAGGGAUGUACUGUAUGGAAUGGAGAUGUGAUAAAAAUACAUUUUCAAGAUAAUACAUACCAUAGCAAAAAAUGCCUGACAUCAUUGGCAUUGCUUAGUAAAUCAUUUCGCUUAUCACAUGAUAUUACUGUGGUACUUGCUUCUGCAGAUGACGUAGGAAUUAUGAGGAAAGAAAUGUCCCUUCUAUUCACGCCUUUUGCCAAGCUGAAUGUUGCUCAAAUGCCAAUAGUGAAAGAGAUAAAAGAAUCAUUCGAUUUGUUACGUACUCGAGUGUUGGAACUAUCAGCUAUAUUAAGAAAAAGUAUGCAGAAAACUUUAAGCUGCUUAGAGUCACAGAGUGACAAAAUUUUACAACAACGCAUCAGUAGAGUAGGUUCAUUUGACAUGGAUUCAAGACAACAAGUUAUGUCAGAGGUUAACGAAGUAAUGCAAUCUUGCUUCAAUUUUGGUUUUGAUUUCAUCAAGGAAGCUACUAGAAUUAUGUCUGGUGAAUUUCGAAGUGCGAUUGAUAAAAUGCAUAUGGAACUUGCUGUGCAGUGGAUGGAUUAUGUCAUGAAACAUCGUGAAAAAGGCAGAGGACAUAGACCGAGGUGGGCAAGUCAAGGAUUGACUUUCGUUGUGAAUAUGGAUUCUGCUUUUGUCGUUUCAUUAGGUGAAAAUGAAUUCUCGAGUUUGAAACAAAAAAUUGACAGCUUUAUCAGCCAUUUGAUAGGUGAAAAAGAGAAAGGUAAUACCAACACAGUCAACAAGAACUCUGUGCCAUCGAGGGAAACGAAAUCGCUCAGCACCCUGCAUGUCCCUACAUCUGAACCUCAAGUGUUAAGAUCUCUCAGUAAUUCAUCAACUGCGGAUCCCAUGACUCGAGCAGCAAUAACGUAUGAAGAAGAAUUAGGCGCUUUGUCUCUAGAAGAGGAUGAUGAUGUAUCAGCUCCAUCAGAUCGAAUAAGAUAUGCAGUUGAAGAACUAGAAAUGGACAAAGACAGAAGACGAAUUGAAGCUGGUAUAAUCGGUCAAGUAUCUGAUAAUCAUAGACCGACCUCAUUUGUGAGCUUAGGAGUUCGAACUGUUAAUUUCAGGUGGCAAAGAGGGGCCAGGGUUGGUGAAGGCUCAUUUGGACGUGUUUAUACAUGCGUAAACGUUGACACUGGAACUAUAUUAGCAAUGAAAGAAGUUAAAUUUCAACCUAAUGAUCUUCAGAAAAUUCGAUCAGCUUUGGAUGAAUACACAAAUUUUGAAGGAAUUAAACAUCCAAAUCUAGUACAGUAUUAUGGUGUUGAAUUGCAUCGUGAUGAGAUGUACUUAUUCAUGGAGUAUUGUGAUGGCGGAACAUUGGCUGAUAUAUGUAAAAUAUGUUUACCAGAACUAAUGGUUAGAAGAUACACAUCACAAGUUUUAGCUGCUGUACACACAUUACAUUCACGUGGUAUCGUACAUCGUGACAUAAAGGGGAGCAAUAUAUUUCUUACAACAGCUGGUGUUGUAAAAUUGGGGGAUUUUGGAAGUGCUUUGAAACUUAAAGAUACUUUGAAGACAAUGCCUGGAGAAAUGAUCACUCAUAUUGGAACAACUAUGGCAUACACUGCUCCCGAAGUUAUAAAUUCUUCAGAAAAAGUUGGCUAUGGCCGUGCAUCUGACAUAUGGAGUUUAGGCUGUGUUGUGAUAGAGAUGGCAUCUGGCAAACAACCGUGGCAUGACAUGGAACGGUUUCAAGUUAUGUUCAGGGUUGGCUCUGGAGAAUCCCCAGCUAUUCCGGAUAUGCUUACUGUAGAAGGAAAAGAUUUUGUCAAGAAGUGCACGGUUCCAGAUCCUACUAAAAGAUUAUCUGCUGAACAAUUGCUCGGGCACCAGUUUGUAAGAGCAGUUGAUAAUGAUGACAUGUCAUGAUGAUGCUUCAGGUUGGUUCAAAUGACGGAUAGUUGAAAUGGAAAGACAUUUGAAUCAGAUAUGAAAUGUUUACCUGUGGAAAACUUGAUACUGCAGUAACAAAGUACCGUAAUAAACUUUUCUGGUAUUAUAUAAUUGAAACAUCGGGUUGGAGGUUGGAAUUUUGAAGCUUUUUUCAAUGUUAAGAAAAUCAAAACGCCGAGGUCUUUGUACUCUUUUUUAUUUUAUCUUCUUCUGUGAUUUUUAAAAAACUCACAUUAGUCUGGUUUGUUGUUGAGUAAAUUUGUGGUAACGAUGGCUGAAUUUUUAUUGUAGAUAAAGCUGUCAUAUACAAUUAUUACAACAAAAGUUAUAGUUUAUGUCUAAACAGUAUAGGGUGACAUGUGAAUGUACUUAUUGGCAUUGUUACACAAUAAACUACUGAUUUCACUUAUACUGUGAAUGUGCAGAAAUAUUCUUGGGAAUUAUCUGUAAUUUGUCAUAUAUCAUAAAAUUCGGUGAUUUGUUUUGAAUUGAUCAGUUUUACUUAAUUGGUGGUUAAAGGAAAGCCUUAUACAUUCAUUGUCUCAUAUAUUUGUAAAACAUUAUGAUUACUUUUUUACGGGCUUCAUUUUAUUGAUGAUUAAUUGUUUAGUACUUAAAUCAUCUCUUAAUUAAAAGUGAACUUGAUUAUGUGUUUUUUAUUGACUAUAGUUGUAAACUUUUUGCUACUGAUGUAUUGUGGAACGUUGUAUUGUUAGUUGUUACCUCACCAUCUAGUAUUGUAUUACAUGGUACCUUAAUUAUAUUUCACUUAGGUAUUAAUAACAUCCAUCUGCACUGCGUGCUUCCUGACUUUUUUUUAAUUUACAUCUGCUUUUUCGGAACCUAUGUUACAUUUGAAAAGCUUAAAUUGGUAGCAAAAUCGUGUCAUGAAUAGUAGAAUUUUCAAAUGCCUUUGACUGUUCGUGUAUAUGAUGAUAUGACAAUUUCAAUGCCAUAUAUGGGGAAUCAUGAUAUUAAUGUCACUAAUUUGUAAGAUUUGAGAUUUGUGUAUAAACAGUUUAUAUUGUUUAAAUAGUUAGUUAGAAAUAGGAAUGAUGUGAUGAUACUCGUGGAAUAUUGAACUUUGCACAUGCGCAAACUAAACUUUCCCCCAUUUUUAAUUCUGACAAUUGACAUCUAAUGUGGCUCUUGACAACCUUUUUAAAACUCAGUUAUAUUCAGUAAUUUAUCAAUUUAAAAUGGUUGAAUAAAAUAUCAGUUUAUGGGAGAACUGAUAUGUUAUCAAAGCUUUGGAAGCAAUUGAGGCUGCUGACAGUCCAAUUUUUAAAUCUUUUCAUACGACUUCACACCUUGGCUGACAAUUUAGAUAUUGAAUGACUACAUUUAAAUUAUACUUUUUUAUGAACCAAAAGUUUCAAAACCCAUUUAAUUUUCCCAGCAAAAAACAUCUGUGACAUUUAAUAAAGACUUAUAUCAAGACAAGUGCAAUUGCAUAUUUCUGAGAAAUCAACAAUCAUUUUUCUUUUCUUGGCUCAGCCAAUAAAAGGCUCAAUUCUGGCCUACAUGUUAUAUUGUUAUUGUUUCUGUAAAAUCUGUACCAAUUUAUUGCCAAGCCUUAUUUGUAUCCAAAUUCGAUUAUUAAAUUGUUAGUGUUACAGUAAAGAAAAAUCUUUCCAAUACAUUCAUUUACAACAUGAAUACAAAUGCAUUUUUAAAGUUAGUGUAUUGAAUAUAUUGCAAGUUCAGAUAUAUCCAAGGACAGCAUCAUUUACUUUUUCAAUAUUUUAUAUAACUUUGUCCAAAGCAUUAUUAUGCAACUGAGAAUAAGAGUCUCACAAGCUAUCACUGACAUUGAUUUAGGAAUGCCAGUAGAUACCAAUGGAUAUUUUAAUUUAACAAUUCAAUGCUUCAAAUUCUGUGAAAUUUUCAAUGAUUUGGAAUAUUUAAUUAGUCUUGGAAUUCUCUGAUUGAAACAUUUCACUCAAUAAUACUGUUUUCACAUUUGGAUUUCUGUUUUCUUAAGCUUAUAUUUUUUGAUUUGUUAAUAUAUUAUUUCUCUUAUUAAUAAUUAUGUUUAUAACUUCUUAUGCCUAUUGUGAUUUCUUCAUAUUUUACAAGUUCUUUAUUUGAAAUUUGGAUAUUAAAUUUUCAGCAGAUAACCUUAAUAAAAAUUAUUCAUAACUAGCUUGCCAAUGUAUCAAGUGUGCGACUGUUUCUCAUAGGGGAAUCAAGAAUUUUUUGUGAUUUGCUAAAGACUUCUAAAGUCUAUGUUUACCCAAUAGAAUUUAUGUAUAAUAAUGUUUUAAAUUGUACUUUUUCAAUGCUAACUUAAUACAAUUUUUUUCACAAUUACAAUUUUUACAAAUAUGAGGUGUAUCCUGUUUCGAACUGAGAGAAUCACUCACAAAUAACUGUUUACAUAUGUAUAGUAUAGGUCCAAAUUUACCGUCAACUGGUCAUUGACCUAGUAAAAAGCUUGAUCAAGCUAAAACCUAACUGUUAACUUGAUUUUAUUUGAUGCAAUGUUUUCCAACUAUCCGUUUUUAUAUUUGUUUCUGCACUACUUGUAAAUGUGAUAUAUAUUUUUGAACAUGGUGGCCAAUUCCAUACAUUGUGUAAUUAAUUACUGGUAAUAUUAAAUUAUGUCAUUGGUUA